AUGAAGUCAGUCGUCUGGCUUUCCUUCUUUGGCGCGGGGGCCAUGGCCCACCCGUCCGGUCUCUGGUGGGGUACCGACCAGUGCUACCCAAGCCCGGAGAAUCUCGACAACGCCUGUCUGCCCAGCCAGGAGGGGGGUUUCGACUGGUCCGAGCUGGGCAAUGGAGAUAACUGGACCUUCGAAGGGUUCAACUUCAAUGGCUUCGAUGCCAGUGAUGUGUGCGGAAACUCGGGAGGCAAGUGCAUCCAGGCCAAGCUCUCGCGCGAUGACAACUACAACAUCCGAGUCGAGGCCACCGAUGCGCCCUUCUCCGUGAGCACUCUGCACAUGUCGACUUCACGGGAUACUCUGGUCAUCAUGAGCUAUCAUAUGCCCAGCGGAUCCGUCUGCCGUCAAUAUGUUCAAUCCUCGCCCGACGGCGUGGAUGUCACCAACGAGCAGUGCGGUGGUGCGGUGGCUGUCGACUUCACUCUGCCCGAAGAUAGCAAGUUCGGCGAGUGCGACAUGGCCAUUCAUCGCAUGGACUUUGACUGCUCACCUGGUCCCAAGGGUCCUCCAGAGAUGCCCCACGAGGAGCAUCCCAGCCCUACGCCAGAGCACCCUGCCAGCACUCCUGUUCACUCGACGGCCGUCACAUCUGUGCACUGGACUCAUCCAUCGUCUUCGCCACCGAUGCACACCACUAGCAUCGAGUCUUGGACACGCCCAACUACACGGUCUGUUGAGACCUCGAUCCCGUGGACACACUCAGAGUACACUCACUCGGAGUCCACAUACUCGCAGCCCACACACUCCGAACCAACGCACUCGAUGCCGGCGCACACCGAGCCCAUGGAGCCUUGGACUACUACGGAAUAUGCUGAGACUUCAACAUCCUGCACCAGCAGCUGGAUUAUGCACACAACUGCUGUGGAGGUCUGGUCCACCACAGAGGUUGUUGAGACCUCGCCCGUCUUCACUAGCAGCUGGGAAACUCACAGCACUCCAGUCGAUGUUUGGCCCACCGAGCAAGUCAGCGAGUCUUCGACUUCUUGCACUGGCUCGACUGAUGAAAUCCCGUCCUGGUCGACCACAGAUCCAGUCCACUCUUGGCCUACCACGGAGCAAGUGCCUUCUUGGACCACCACCGAGAAAGUUCCUCACUGGCCUACCACCGACAGCGCGAUCACCUCCGAGGCCACUACUUGGCCAGCCAUGACGCAUUCCCUGCCUGCUGUGCCCACCGGCGUGGAUGCAACUACUGCGGACGUCCAGGAAACCACCAGCAGCUGCACCAGCUCCUGGAUCACCUACACCAGCCCGGUCGAGACUUGGACCACUUCGACUGUCUGGUCCACCGCGGAGAUCACGAUCAGCUCCUGCGCACCCACGGCUACCAACUGCCCCCCUCAUUCCACCGCCGUGAUCACCAGCUCGGUGGCUGUUUCCACCACUGUCUGCCCGUACACCUCCAUGGAAACGACUUCUGUGCUGACGACUUGGAUUCCCGAGACUGUCGUGCCGAUGGUCCCUAGCUCGACCCACGGCGCUGCAGUGACCACCGUCGUGCCCCCUCCCGCUGAGAGCAGCCCCGUCGUUCCCGCCCCAUGCCCUGAGGUUGUUCCCAAGUGCCUGAACACCUGGCUUACGAUUCCUCAGUGUGACUCCAACAGCGAUGCGGGCUGCUUCUGUCCCUCCUCGGAGUUCACUGAGAAGGUCACCUCUUGCAUUCACUCUUGGGGUGAAAGCACCGAGCAGGUUGAGUCGGCCCUUUCAUACUUUGCUGGUAUUUGCGCUCCGUACAUCCCCAGCAACCCCGAGAUUAUCGACAUCAUGGCUCCCUGUCCGACUGGUCCCCCUCAGGAAGGCCCUCAUCACACUUCCACUGCACCGGUUUCUGAGGGCUCGUCCCCUGUUGAGACCGUGCCCCCCCUUGUCUCUUCUGUCACUGAGCAAGGCCCCUACCCGACAUCUGAUUCUCCAGUCCCUGUGCACACAGUCAGCGUGCCUGUUUCAGAGCCUUCGGCUCCUGGCGAGACCCAUACAGUGCCCGCUCCAGUUAUGACCUCUCCCCCGGAGCAUGGAGUUCCUCCUGUUUCAACCUGGACCGCUCCCGGUGGCCAUGUUACUUCGGCUCCCACGUCCUACAGCUGCCCUAGCACCACCAUGACCUGGUCGUCGCACACUGUUACCGUGCCCAUGGUUGAGUUCAGCACUGUCCACUCUGGUCACCACACCAGCGUGGCUCUGGUUCCCGGCACGUCUGGCAAGGGUCACUACACCACCCACCGCAGCACCUGCACAUCGACCGCGGUGUCAUCCUUCUCUACUACCACAUCCAAGACUACCACUCACACUGCCCAUGGUGAAAGCCCGACGACCACUGUGCCUCACUCCAACAGUGGUUCGAGUCUGUCCCUUUCCAGCCUCUCGGCUCUGAGCGUCGCGCUUGGAUUCUUGUUGCUUUAG